GCAUCUGUCCCCAAUACCCUCUCUCCGCACCAAAGCUACCUUUUUUUUACCUUUCUCGCUAAACCCUACAAGUCACUCAUCAUGCGCCCCGCCCUCUCGCUCUUCCACGGCCUCCGCGCCGCCCAACCCUCUCUUCCUCGCGCGGCCAUCUCCCGCUCGACCUCUCGCUCUCUCUCCCAGUUGACGUAUCGCUCGACUCGUCCCUCGCUGGUCCCUGCCUCAGUCACUUCUCCCUUGACAAUUCAACACACCCGUUUCCUCUCGUCUACCACCAUCCGCCAAAACUCCAGCAAACCUCUCACAGACCAAGACGCCAGCGCCGCCCGCGACGCCGAGAACGAGGAGCAGAACCGCAAGCGCCGCGAAGAGGAGCCCGCAUACCAGAUCGUCUUCACCUGCAAGCCGUGUGGCGAGCGCUCGUCGCAUCGCAUGUCCAAGCAUGGCUACCACAAGGGCACGGUCCUGAUUCGGUGCCCGUCGUGCCAGAACCGCCACGUUAUCAGCGACCAUCUGAAUAUCUUCUUCGAUCAGAAGACCACGCUGGAGGAUAUUUUGGCUGAGAGGGGCUCGAAGCUCACGAGGGGCUAUGUCGAUGGGGAUAUGGAGUUCUGGGAUGAUGGUGUGGCGCAUAAGAGGGGGUCUGGAUCGGAGUCUUCGUGAAUGGGGAUGAUUGAAUGAUUUGGUGGUUUGAUCUGUAGAGAGUCGAGUUGAUUGACUACUCUGGUGUUCAGCAAAAGUUGGCGCUUUUCGCAAAAGAUAAAUAGUGAAUGGCGUUGGAUUGUUUUUCUGUCAUAGAUACCUUGGCGAUUUUAUACACUCUGCUCCGAUAACAUGUACUAUAGCUUGAAACAAGAGGAAGAUGAAGAGAAAAAUUCUGUACUAUUAAAUGCAAAUCUAUCCCAG